GUCCAGUUCUCCGGAGCGGGGCUUCUGGAGACGGCGGGCGAGAAAACCCGGCGCCCGGAAGCCUUUGCUUUCUUUGACGCAAGGGCUCGGGACGCAGCCGCCGUCGGCCGAAGCGCCCAGCGAGGAGCGACCCCAGACGGAGCCUUCGGAGUCCCUCCGCCCCCCACCUCGCCCGGACCCCGAGCCUCGGCCCUCCUCGCGGCUCUCCUCGUGGCCAUGGAGUGUCCGCACCUCAGCUCCAGCGUCUGCAUUGCUCCGGACUCAGCCAAGUUCCCCAACGGCUCCCCGUCGUCUUGGUGCUGCAGCGUGUGCCGAUCCAACAAAAGCCCCUGGGUCUGUUUGACUUGUUCAAGUGUCCACUGUGGAAGGUAUGUGAACGGCCAUGCAAAGAAGCAUUAUGAAGAUGCACAAGUACCCUUAACCAACCAUAAGAAAUCAGAAAAACAAGAUAAAGCUCAGCACACAGUGUGUAUGGAUUGUAGUAGCUACAGUACAUACUGUUAUCGCUGUGAUGAUUUUGUGGUUAAUGACACCAAGCUGGGACUGGUACAGAAAGUCAGAGAACACUUGCAGAACUUGGAAAACUCAGCUUUCACAGCUGACAGGCAUAGGAAAAGAAAACUUUUGGAAAACUCAUCACUAAACACCAAGUUACUAAAAGUAAAUGGAAGCACCGCUGCCGUUUGUGCCACUGGCCUUCGGAACUUGGGAAACACGUGUUUUAUGAAUGCCAUCCUUCAGUCACUCAGUAACAUUGAACAGUUUUGCUGUUAUUUCAAAGAACUGCCUGCUGUGGAGUUAAGGAAUGGGAAGACGGCAGGAAGGCGAACAUACCACACCAGGAGCCAAGGGGAUAACAACGUGUCUUUGGUGGAAGAGUUUAGAAAGACACUAUGUGCUUUAUGGCAAGGUAGCCAAACUGCAUUUAGCCCAGAGUCCUUAUUUUAUGUUGUUUGGAAGAUUAUGCCAAAUUUUAGGGGCUACCAGCAGCAGGAUGCCCAUGAAUUCAUGCGCUACCUUUUGGACCACCUGCACUUGGAACUCCAGGGCGGUUUCAAUGGUGUAUCCUGCUCACCGAUUCUGCAGGAGAAUUCUACUCUGUCUGCAAGUAACAAAUGUUGCAUAAAUGGAGCAUCUACAGUUGUCACGGCUAUAUUUGGAGGCAUUCUCCAAAAUGAGGUUAACUGCCUUAUAUGUGGGACAGAAUCUAGAAAGUUUGAUCCAUUCCUAGACCUUUCAUUAGAUAUUCCAAGUCAAUUCAGAAAUAAGCGCUCUAAGAAUCAAGAAAAUGGACCAGUUUGUUCAUUACGAGAUUGUCUUCGCAGUUUUACCGACCUGGAAGAGCUUGAUGAGACAGAGUUAUAUAUGUGCCACAAAUGCAAAAAGAAACAAAAGUCCACUAAAAAGUUCUGGAUUCAAAAACUACCCAAGGUGCUAUGCUUACAUUUGAAAAGAUUUCAUUGGACAGCAUAUUUAAGAAACAAGGUUGACACCUACGUAGAGUUUCCACUGAGAGGACUAGACAUGAAAUGCUACUUACUAGAGCCUGAGAACAGUGGCCCUGAGAGCUGCCUGUACGACCUCGCCGCGGUGGUGGUGCACCAUGGGUCCGGGGUGGGUUCUGGACAUUACACAGCAUAUGCGACUCACGAAGGCCGCUGGUUCCAUUUCAAUGACAGCACGGUGACGCUGACGGAGGAAGACACCGUGGUGAAGGCCAAGGCCUACAUCCUCUUCUAUGUGGAGCGCCAGGCCAGAGCUGGGGCGGAUAAACUUUAAUACCUCCUCUCCACCGCUACUCGUCAACUAUGCCGGACAAACAUUUCCAAUUUUCCAUAAAUACUUGAUCCAAGAUUUAAUUUCAUUAUGCACUUUUCAAUUUCCUAUUUGGGGUUUAGUUUUAUUUUGUCAAUGGUAGUGAACCUGGGCACCAACUAAUUUUUUUUUUAGUUCUACCAGAAAACCUCAGCAGAUAUUUUGAUUUGCUGCUUUAGUGGUAAUAAUUCAGUUUUUAUAUGUAGUUCCAAGAACUUAGUUCUAUUGGACGUUUUUAUAUUAAUGUUUCAGUUCUCACUUUGAGGCACAUUUACAUCAAUGCUUUGUUGCUCUCACAUGCUGACAGUAAGGCAUGUUCCUGACUGGAGAGCAAUGCAGCUGCCUGCACAGCUGUGCUGGAGACCAGGCUGACUCUGAAUCAAGAAUCACGUGUGUGUGGAAUCUGUGGCCCAUGGGAUUUCAGUGACUGCUCAGGAAUCAUUCAUUCUGCCUGUAAAGGUAGCAGGGCAUCAAUAAGCAGACCAGGUAACCGAUGCUCUUGUAUUUCUCAAAGCUGCUGUUUAUUAGCAUGAACGAAAUAACUGAUAUCUGUACUGCAAAUUCAAGAAUUACUCUGUUGGGUUUGAGGUGUAUUUUUAAUGUGUGUUUUCAUGGAGAAGAUAGGAGUACAGAAAAGACCAAAUACAUUUAGUGUUUAAAAAAUCCUGACUCAGCUACAUGGUUUUGGUGCUCCCAGUGAGAUGGGAACAUGGCUUUGUUGGCAUCAGCAUCUGUUCCCCCGUUGACUGAGCACUGAGGAUAACUGCGUGUCCUCUUUGGUCCUACUUCGCCCAACUCCAGAGCUUAUUUUGACCACCUGCUUCUCAGGUAACACUGUGGGCCCUGCUUCUACAGAAGAAAAUGAGUCUUAUGGCCCUAUUCCAUUAGCUUGUCCAACUUAGCAGAGCAGGUUGGAAGUAUUCAAUAAGUAGUUUCUAUCUCUUAAUAGUUUUUUUAAAUUUUCAGAAUUUAUUCAAAUUUAACUCAAAUUGAAAUUUGGAACUAGAAUCCCAUGUUAAAUCCCACAUUUCCUCAGAGUAAGCCAUAUUCAUUAAACACUUUUUAAAAAAAUCUAAUUGGCUUUAUUCAACAAUUUAUGAAUCAGGUAGCAACCUACCCAGUAAACAGAAAGGCGCUCCCGUCUGCUAACACUUUAGCAUGACCAGGAGCGAACUGAGAUCAUGUCUCACCCUGACCUCUCAGGACAGUGGUCACAGCUGCACGUUUAACUCAGUUAAAGAACUCGGUUCUCAGUCACUCCGGCUCACGGCAUGGGGCUGUGCAGACCCAACACAUUUCCAUCGCUCUGUCGUUUUCGCGGAUGGUGGGGUCUGAGUUUUUACUCCAGAGGAAAAAAAGCUUUGUCGUCAUGUUUAGGUCUUAAAACUUAGUCUAGAAGAGGAACCUAUUUAAAGCAGUUCACAAUGCUAAAUUACAUUAUGUGAACCAACUGAAAUUGUUAUUUUUGAUCUUCAGAAAUUAGUUUCACUUAAUUUGAUCUAACAUAUCACUACCUUAAUUUAACUCCACUCUGAUCUUGGUGAGCAUCUGCUAUGGACCCAGGUAGAAGGUGCACAGCUGUCACUCCCAGCACCUGCACGCAGGUCGAGUCUCCAAGCAGGCAGCUGCCGUUGCUUCAGCAGUAAAGCUCGGCCAGUGUUGACUGGUGGAGAAGAGCUGUUUUCAUACCAGAUGGAGUUCAGCAGCAGGCUGGACCACUGCAGACCACUCGUUGGGGGAAGUGGUCCUCAGACAGGCUGGCACUCUUGGCUUAAAAGAUGCACACAUCUCUCUUGAAUUGCUGUCGUGUUUUUAUUGCUUGAUUUUACUUGAGCAGAACUGUUUGAAUAUCAUGAAGGCUCUCUGGGAAAGUGAUUGGACUCAUUUGAAUUGUGCGCUUAGCACCAGUGAUGUAAAUGUGCCUGUUUGUAUUUUGAAAUUUAACUGUGUAGCCUUACCACACCUCUUUUAAAAGCUGACUUUUGUGCUCUUCAGGGCUUUCCCUGGGCCACGCUCUCGGCUCGCGUGGCUCCUCGCUCAGAGCUUGUGCGGAGGCAGGGCCUCACGCCGUCAUGUGCUCCUUGGACGAGAAACCUUUCUCAGAAGUCCUCCCACCUAGGUGGGUGAUAGAACAGUUUGUGGCAACACAAAUCUCUCUCCAUGGUGGAGAAACCUUUGCUAAUCCACUGUAUUCUACUCAGUGUAUAGUGAUGACAAGUGUAACAGAAUUAAGCCAGUCAGGUGUACUGGCCCUGGUUGAGUGUUAAAUGUGUAUCUCACCUGUGGAACCCACUCGGCAGUGUGGCUUCUGGGGUUGGGGACAUAUUUAUUUCUUAAAGCCAAACCUCUCCUUCAUCGGUUAGUGUACAUACGUCUAUUUAGAUAUACUUAUCCCACUUCAACCUCCCCCUCCCCCUUCCCCUAAGCUCUCACGGCCCCUCUGUGGCUGGAGCGGCCUCUCCCGCGGGCCCUGGAAAAGUGCAGGAAGGCCAGUUCCUGCCGCCAGGGCGGGGGUCCCCGGCCGAGUGCAGCCACAGGAGCGCCGUCAGCGCAGGGCGAGGUGGGCGGCGUCGUCAGCUGUAGCGCAGGCCCCUGCCCCUCAGGUCAGAGAGCCCGGCUCCAGCCUCCCUCCGCACGUGUUGGCUGUGCUAUGAUCGUUUGCCGUUAAAACCUAGUUUGUAUGGUGCCGAGAGGAUUAAUUGUGCAAGUGACUGAUUUCAUUUAAGUUGUAAUCACAUCCCUUUUCUGCUUCACCAACCUGAACUGUUUUAUGGAAAGUAUCAUUAAAAGUCUGGUCUCUUUC